AUGUUACUUGAAAGAAAAGGAGUUGACUGGAAAAUUGAUGACAAAGAAGUUGUUUUAUCAAAUGUAGAACUAGGCAAAGGAAAAUGGGGGAGAGUUUCUGUUGGCACCUUUCGAAGAUGUUCAGUAGCUGUGAAACAGAUGCACCAAGAAAUUAUAACACAGCAACACAUUUGGAGAAUGGACCGUGAGAUUUACAUACUAUCGCAAUUACAUCAUCCAAAUAUCAUAAAGUUUAUAGGAGCAGUAUUUGAUAUGUCUUUCAAUCGGAUGAUCAUCACUGAAAUAAUGGACAUUUCAUUACUCAAUGCUUAUGAAAAUCAAGAACUGACUCCAGACCUAUCCUGCAGACCAGCCAUUCUUUCCAUAAUGUGUGACAUAGCUCAAGGUUUAAACUACCUACACUGUCUACCCGAUCCUGUUAUCCAUCAUGACAUUGACAGCGAUAAUGUUCUCCUUAAAUCAGUGGGAGGCAGAAAAUGGAAGGCAAAGAUAUCUGAUUUCGGGUCAGCUAAUUUUGUUAGGCUUUCAUAUAAUCCUUAUCCAGGAGCCAUUGCUUAUUCAGCUCCAGAAACAGAAAGAGGUCUAUAUGAACAAUUGUAUAAGAAACAAACACCUAAAAUUGACUCUUUUAGCUAUGGUAUCCUUUUGUGUGAAGCAAUAACCUUUAUUUUUGCAUGCAAUGUAUGUGUACCAUGUUACCGCAUUCUCUUUUUUGUUGAUGUAGGCAUGAGUAGUAUAGGAGAGGAGAAUCUUCCUGUUGACCCUAAUUCUGCCUCAGUCUCUAAUGAAAGUCAAGCAGGCUCUUGUGAACAAAAUGGUGAAAAAAGAUCUAUGCCGACAUUCAGAAAUGUUCUUAAAGAGAUUGGAUCAGAUAAAAUCUCAACAAAUAUAGAUGUUCUUGUAGUUGGAAUUACUGGAACUGGUAAAUCGGCACUCGUCAACAGUAUUCUUGAGGAGAAGAAAGCUAACGAAAGUUCUAAAGGAAAGGGCUGCACAAAAACGAUUGAGAAGUUUUCAUUGCGUGUUGGUGAGCUCAAUGUUACUCUAAUUGAUACUGUUGGUUUCCAAGAUCGUAAUAGCAAAGAGCAAACAGCAAUCCAAGAAAUGAAAAAUGAUGGCCAGACAGUCAGUUUAGUCCUCUACUGCAUUAAAAUGGGGGAACAUAGAUUCAAAAAUGACGAUGAGGUUGCUAUGCGUAAGCUUCAUCAAGCCUUUGGCUCAGAAUUUUUUGAGAGAGUAAUAUUUGUUCUCACUUUUGCUAAUGCUGAAGAUUGUUCAGUCUAUGAUGAUUCGGAUGAUGAGCAAGAUGAAAAUGAGGAAGUUUUAUUAGAAAAUUUGAAAAAACGAUUCAAUUGUAGGGUCAAAGAAAGGGCAGAAGAAAUCUCCAAGUUUUUGAUAGAAAAUUUUCAUAUUAAAAUAAAAGAAGAUCGUGUUGUACCAGCUGGGUUUCGUAAAAAGAGCAUUCAUCAUCAGCAGCACCCUCUACCUUCGAAUUGGUUAUACAUGCUUCUCAGAUUAUGCUGCAACGAAAUUAAAGAUAAACAUCAUUUUUCAAGACUUACCUUGAAUUACAAGACUCAUUUUGCUAUCAUCAUUGACAAUCAUGAAGGAAAAGGCUCUGAUCUACAGGAAGUUCUUAAGGAUCUUGGAUUUUCUGUUCUCUAUUUCACUCAGAUCAGUAAACUAUCAUUUCAGUGUUUACUGAAAGCUUUGAAAGAAGUUGAUCAUUCCAAAGUAGCAUCAUUUGCUUUAAUCUUUCUUAGUGAAGGUGGCAGCCACCAUCUUCGUGAUGCACAAAAUGAAGUUAUUACGUUUGAGAGUAUCCUACAAUCUGUAAAUGAGAUUUCCGCCAUACCAAAAAUUUUUUUAUUUUUGUUG